AUGGCGAUGGGCAACAAGGCACGAAGCUCGCGAGCUACCCGCCAGCGUGGCAACCAAACGCAGCGGCUGCGGGCGGCCACCAAGUACCUUACUUCCUGGGGAACGCACGCCCGCCGUGCGGCUCUUGGGACUGCGGGGCGGGAGAAACCCAAGGCGGCUUUGCUAAACAAUAGGUGGUUCGCUAGACUGCCGAAUACGACAAACUCGCGUGUAUAUGAGAACAGCGAUUCGCACCAGUUGGCACAAAAACGACAAACCCGCCUGACUUUACACGAACGGCUCGAUGCCCGGUUGCGGCCAGGCGAGAACGUCGUCAACAACGGGAGAUGCGCCGGCCCCUUGCGCAUGCGCUUAUGGCACCCGUCAACCCUUCAUAACGGUUUUGAUGUCGAGAAGACCAAGGGGGGCCGCGAGGUCUCUACUUUAAUGCCAUUGUCCUACUCUAGGCCGGCUUUGACGCAGAUGGUGCGCAUCGGCCGUGGCGACCGCUUCGAUCGGCUUGCAGAAUCCUAA